GGUUUACACACAUUUUCUAACAACAACAAAGAUUUAUUAAUACUUACACUAAACAUAUGAUUUAAACAAACUGAAUCACGCUCAUAAAACGACAGUUUCUCAGUUUAGUUGUCGGUUUAGCGAGUUCAUAUCGUUAAUAAGGCGGUUAAAACAAAAAAAAAAACGGGAUGUAUUUGAAAUAAAAACGAUUAUGGAAACACUGUCACAGCCAAUUAUCUUAGACUUAAAUGUAUUUUUGAAGAGAAUAGUUCGGGGUUGGCAGUAUUCAUACACAUGCGCAAUGUGUCACGAACGCAUUAGUUGGCGCCAGCAGCGACUGGAGGCAAGUUUGAUUUGGACUCUGAGCCGAGGAAGACAGAAGAAGCCACAGCCAUGACUAGACAAAGCGGUCGCCUGCAGAAGAGAUCUGAAAAUGCUCCAGGGCAGAAAGUUUCUAAGCAAAGCAACAGGAAAAAGGUUCAGCCCCUGUCAAAGCUGCAGUGUGAGAAGAACCAGCUGGUACUUGAAGGUGUCACCAAGCCGUGUACUGUCAUCGAGAGUCCUGAGAAGAGAGUCAGGAUCGACUGUGACGAGCCGGUCUACCAAGUUCUCCCUGGCAGAGACGCUCUGGUCCGGCCGUCGCCGCUGCCUCAUCUCGGAUGGGGCUCUUCUGAAGAUGUGUGGCUGAAGAUGGUCGGCAAGGAGCAGAAUUACAGACACAGUAAAAGCUUCAUGCAGAAACACCCGACCAUAAAACCCAGAAUGAGAUCCAUCCUCCUCGACUGGUUGAUUGAGGUGAGUGACGCGUACACUCUUCACCGGCAGACGUUCUACCUGGCUCAGGAUUACUUCGACCGCUUCAUGUUGACACAGAGCGACGUUGAGAAGCGCGUCCUGCAGCUCAUAGGGAUCACCUGUCUGUUUAUAGCUGCAAAGAUGGAGGAAGCCCGUCCUCCAAAGCUCUCACAGAUGGCCUAUGUGACUGCAGGGACGUACUACGAGGACGAGAUCCUUCAAAUGGAGUUAAUCAUUUUGAAGGCGUUACGUUGGAACCUUUGUCCUGAAACAGCCGUGUCCUGGCUGAAGCUUUACCUCCAGGUGGCGUCGAUGAACGUCAACUCUGACCUGCUGGAGCCACAGUUUCCUCACGACGCCUACGUCCAAAUGACACGACUUCUAGAUCUUUGUGUCCUCAACAUAAACUCUCUGGACUUCCAGUAUCGAGUGCUGGCCGCUUCAGUCCUGUGUCACUUCCUCCAACAGGAAGAAGUUGAAAAGGUUUCAGGUCUGUCUGAAGACGUCCUCCGGCCGUGUCUCACCUGGAUGUCUCCCUUCGCUGUGUCGGUGGGUCGGUUCGGUCGAGCGACACUCAGAGACUUCUCCAGAACAAAAGAAGACAGACACGACAUCCAGACACACUCAGACUACAUGAGCAUGCUGGACGUUGCCAGUGGACAGGAAGUGAACAGUCCGUUCCUCAGUCCUCCCAGCAGCAUGGAGAAGAUGUGGGACAUUAACCUGUGAACGGAGGGAACAGAGGACACGGAGGACACGGAGGACACAGGGUUCAUGACCCACUAACAAAGACUGAGACGGACAGGAAAACAGUUUUGAUGGGAGUUAAUUUGACGCUGGAAUCUGUCGCUGAACUUUCACCCAGGAUCAUGUUUCUGUACUUGAUAGAAUCUUGGCCAAAGCUUUUUAUGUCUUAAGAUUUUAGAAACUGAAUCUGAGCUUUGAUUCAGAAAAGAAAUGUUUUUUAAAAAUUGUUAUUUGCUGUAAGUGAUGUUAUUUCUAGAAAAUGACAUUUUAACACUGACUGAUUGUUUCAUUCUGCAGCAUAUUAAAUAUGUUCAGAUAAAAUCUUUUAAAACAACUUCAGGUCUAAAUGUUGAGCAGGACGCUGUUGGAGCUGGUGAGUUAAAUCUAAGCUAAAUGUCGGAUGAAAACACUGAUGCUCAGAACGAAGAUGCUCUUUAUUUCAAACCCUGAUGAAGCUUCAUCUGAAUAAAGAGCAUCGUCUUCAGUUCGUCUGUUUCUCAGUCAGGUUGUAAAACUCAGGGCAUUACACGGUCACUAACUGAUUUUGCAAUUAUUUUCAAACGAGUGUACAAAUGAACUGUAUUUAUAUAGAAGUUUAUUUUCUACCACAAAAUAAAAAAUAUACAUCCCCACCC